AUGACCGACAUCCCGUCCUCUGCUGACUUUUAUGGCCCUGUUGGCCCCUCUUCGGCGUCCCCCUCCAGCUGGUCGAUUGCCUCAUCCGAUACUGCUCCCUCCUCUGCCGGUUCUGUGAUUGAGAAGGUCCGCUACGAACGACUGCCCAAUGGCGGUCACCGGCAUCAUCUCUCGGCCCCGAAACGCCAACAAUUCCUUGCCAACCAGGUGCGACGGCUACGGGAGUUACUGGACGGAAGACGGGAUAGGGAUGAUCCCUCGCUCAACCAUCCGCAUCAACAGCAACAGCACAGUCAACACCAACUCAAGCCCGAGGUGUUUGAGCAUCCUCUAUCACUACUUAACGAAAAGUAUCAGGAUCUCGAGACUGACCCUACAGGAAGCCCUGCAAGCAGCCUUCGGAGGAGACACUCUGUCAAGACGGACUUUUCACAAACGUACGGAGAACUCCAGCAGAUCAUCGGCAAAGGCGCGUUCGGUACUGUCAGAAUCAGUGUCAAGCGAAACAUUGAAACCGGGGAAGAACACAUUUUUGCCAUCAAGGAGUUCAAAUACGCUCAUGGAGAGACCCAAAAGAUGUACAUGCGCCGACUGACGAGCGAGUUCUGUAUUGCCUCGUCAUUGAAGCACACCAAUGUCAUCCAGACGAUGGACCUUCUCCAACUUCAUGGAGACACCUACAGCGAGGUCAUGGAGUAUUGUGCAGGAGGCGACAUGCACAGUCUAAUUGCGUCGGCCAACACCCUGGGUGAGUCUGAAUCGAGCUGUUUCUUUUCGCAGCUCAUCAACGGCGUGGCCUUUUUGCAUUCGAUGGGCGUGGUGCAUCGGGAUCUGAAGCCUGAGAACCUGCUGUUGACGUCGGAUGGGUGCCUCAAGAUUGCCGAUUUCGGCAACAGUGAAGUCUUUCGGAUGCCCUGGGAGAAGAAGGUCCGAUCGUCGACUUCGAUCCGGGGGAGUGGCCCCUUUAUCGCACCCGAGGAAUUUACCAGCGAGACUUUUGAUGCUCGCAAGGUCGAUAUGUGGGCAUGCGGCGUUAUUUACAUGUGCAUGAGGCUAGGACGAUACACAUGGCACGAGGCCUCUGACGGCGACCCCAUCUGGGACGGAUUUCUCUACCGUCGGGACCGGUACCUCAGCGUCGGCGACCUUCACACUUCAGGAGAGUUCCCAGUCGCGCAACCACACCAUCAAUCACAGUCAGACCAGGGAUCUUACAUUCAACCACAUCAACUCCAACAUACACCUCACUACGUCAACCUCACCUCCUUGGAACAGGUCUCGCACAUCACCCUUGCAUGGCCUAACCAUAUCUCGGAUGUCAUUGAGCACCUCCUGGAACCCGAUACCAGGAAACGAUGGCAGGCGAUUCAUGUAUUGGACAGUGACUGGUUCCAGCACAGUGAUAACUGUCACCCUGUGGCCAGGCCGCCAGAGCAGGUGCUGGACGAGAGUGAAUUCCAGGACGCCGUGAUAGCGCCGGUGGUGCACCCUAGUAGUCAGAGGGUUGGAUCGAGGGUUGUACCAGAGGAGACUGAUGUGACGGGGUGUAAGAUCGUCAAGGAGGUUCGCGAUCGUCGGUCUGCUGCUGCUGCUAAUGGUGUCGGGAGUAAAAAUGGCAGUGGCAGUGCGAUAAUUAAUGAUGGGCGUGUUGCGCCCAUCUCUUAG